CUUUACCUUCAGAUGUCCAGAAAGUGAUUGUUGGUGAAGAACAUCAGCAGGAGUGGAGCUCCAGUCUGGACCAGGAGGACACAAAGCCCCCAGACAUUAAAGAGGAACAGGAGGAACUCCAGAUCAGUCAGGACAGAGAGCAGCUUCAACGGCUGGAGGAGGCUGAUAUCACCAAGUUCCCAUUCACUCUGGUCCCUGUGAAGAGUGAAGAUGAUGAAGAGAAACCUCAGUUCUCACAGCUUCAUCAAAGACAAACUGAACAGAUGAAAACAGAAGCUGAUGGAGAGGACAGUGGAGGACCAGAACCAGCCAUGAACUCAGAUCCAGAUACACAUUUACAACCAGCUACUGAUGACGAGACUGGAGACUCUUCUGAACCUGAGACUGAUGACAGUGCUGAUUGGGAGGAGACCAGAGAACCUCAGUCAGGUUUAAACUCUCUGAAUAAUGAAGUCCCUGACAGUGAUUUGAGAUGUAGUACUGGUGAGAAAGAGGGUUGGAAAAUAUUUGGCACCAGUGGACGUCUGAAGAGCUACAUGAGAUCUCUUACAGCAGAGAAACAAUUUAGCUGCUCAGUUUGUAAGAAAGCUUUUAAACACAGCGGGAAUUUAAGCGCACACCUGAGAAUCCACACAGGAGAGAAACGAUUUAGCUGCUCAGUCUGUAAGAAAGCUUUUUUACUAAGUGGAAAUUUACAGAAGCACGUGAGAAUCCACACGGGAGAUAAACCAUUUGGCUGCUCCGUAUGUACGAAAGCCUUUACAUUUAAGCAGGAUUUAGAUAGACACAUGAGAAUCCACACAGGAGAGAAACCGUUUAGCUGCUCCGUGUGUAAGAAAGCUUUUAUACAACGUGGGGAUUUACAUACACACAUGAGAAUCCACACAGGAGAGAAACCAUUUAGCUGCUCCGUCUGUAAGAAGGCCUUUACAGUAAGUGGAACUUUAAAGGCACACAUGAGAACCCACACAGGAGAGAAACCGUUUAGCUGCUCAGUCUGUAAGAAAGCUUUUAAGCGGAAUGUAAGUUUACAAAAACACAUGAAAAUCCACACAGGAGCUCCAGGAGUGGAGGCAGAGGAGGAGAGCAGAGAACCCCAUUCAGGUUUCAACAAUCUGAAAAUGAAGGAAUUCUCUAAAAGUGCUAUGGGAUAUAAUACUCUUUGGGUUCCAGGAUUUACUGAUCCAACAUUGUUCCAGGAUCCAGUGUUCAUACUUACUGGCAAUGUGUGCAGUAUUAACAGUGUUUCCCCACAUGUUUAGAAUUUACUUGUGGUGGUGGAUGGCGCAGGAUGUGAUGGCGCGUGCUGG